AUGCCAGCCUAUCAUUCAACAUUAGUGGAUUACGCUCAAUCUGUUGGUAACUUAGCUUUACUUCCGAUCCGUACGACUUUUCGAGGGCCGGCGCCUGUUAGUCCCAAAAUAGAACUGGAUAUAAUUGAUGAAGCACUUAAUUACUUUAAGGCCAACGUAUUUUUUAGGUUUUAUGAGAUUAAGUCUGAUGCUGACAGAGUGCUUAUAUAUUUGACACUUUAUGUUUCUGAAUGUCUGAAGAGAUUACAAAAGUGUUCUAACAAGAAUCAAGGCCAGCAAGAGAUGUACAUGUUGGCAAUAUCAAAGUUUGACAUUCCAGGAGAGCCAGGAUUUCCUUUGAACUCUGUAUAUGCUAAGCCUUCUAGUCCUCAAGAAGCAGAUUUGAUGAGACAAUAUUUGCAACAACUGAGGCAUGAGACAGGAACAAGAGUCUGUGAAAAGGUGUUUGCAACUGAAGAUGGAAAACCUAGCAAGUGGUGGUUGUGCUUUGCCAAAAGGAAAUUUAUGGAUAAAUCUCUCUCAGGACCGGGACAG